CCUGAGAUUUUAAGUUAAUUUAACAACACAUUGGUAUAUUCAUGGUUUUCUGAUUUGGUGUACUGACGGUAAACGGUUGGACGGUUUACUGAGUUCACAACUGAAGCACAAGUCUCAACUUUGUUUUAUAAAUUCAUAACGUAAUUCUAAAAAGCAUAUUGUGUGUAUAUAUAUAUAUAUAUAUAUGUGUGUGUGUGUGUGUGUUUGUAUGUAUGUAUGUGUUUCUUAAAUAUCUAAAAUUCUAAUAUUCCAAGUCAAAUUAAAUUGGCCAAAUCUAGCACUAGAAAGAAAAAGUAGUAAAAUUACUUUUCUCCUUUACAUAUUUAAUACAGAGAUCUCACUUGCCAUUUUUCAAUAAAAAGAAGGGAGAAAAAAAAUGAUGGAACUAAUGUAUUUUCUAUUUUCUCUCUCCGGCUAGUCAGGUGAGGGAUAGUGAACUUUUAAGGCCUGGGAUUCUUCUUUUUCUUGAGCUUACCAAGACAAAGACCUUCUUGUGUCUCAUACAGGCUCUGAAAAGCAUGACCGGGAACAGUGUUAUGAUAACAUAUAGCAAUUCAGCACUGCUCAUCUCCUCAGACUACUCUCUACUCGCCAUUCGCUACAGACCAAACCAAGUGUGUCUCUAGAACAGAGCAAAUUUCAUUGAGAAGAUCUCAAUUCUGAUGGGUGAGUAGAACGUGUAUUCUACAAAGAUCUACUUGGUAGCUUAUCUCACUUUCAGCUAUGAGGUUUGAGGACAUCCUUCAUGAAAUUGGUGGCUUCAACAAGUUCCAGUUUCUGAUUCUAUACAUCCUGUGGCUCCCACGGAUCAUCCUUCCACUGCAUUUCCUGCUCCACAACUUCAUCUCAGGUGUUCCACCCCAUCACUGUGCCCUUCCUCACUUGGACGACCGGUACACAGGAGGCACAGAGAAGGACGGUGAAUCGGCACAGAUUCUGGCUUUUGGCAUCCCACGUAAUGCAGAUGGCUCCUUCAGCUCCUGCAAGAUGUACCCUCUUCCUUUGGACUUUGACCCUAAUGGUGACCUAUCCCGACUGUAUGGAAACCGAUCAAAUGUUUCGGUGCCAUGCCAGCACGGAUGGGUAUAUGACCGCUCACAGUUCACCUCAACAACCGCCACAGAGUGGGAUUUGGUAUGUGACAACAAAAAGCUAAACCAAGCCCUUGCCACCUUUUUCUUCAUCGGAGUGACAAUCGGUGCUAUCAUGUUUGGCCAGUUGGCAGAUAAGUUUGGUCGUAAGCCAAUGAUUCAGGUGUCCUUUGUGGUCAGUGCUAUUUUUGGAAUUGUUGAGGCCUUUUCUACAUCUUAUGUGAUGUUCGCCAUAGCAAGAGCCUUGUGCGGACUUGCCUUGACCGGGAUGUCUAUCACCACAGUGGCCCUGUGUAUUGAGUGGACAGACGUUAAACAUCGCACAUUUACGGGUACCAUUAUCAGUCUCGGAUGGAGUGUAGGGAACAUGCUUCUGGCUCUUCUGGCAUAUCUCAUCAGGGACUGGAGGCACCUCAUUCUGGUGGUGACAUCACCCUGCCUUGUUGGCAUAAUUGCCUGGUGGUGGAUUCCUGAGUCAGCAAGAUGGCUGCUGGCCAAUGGCAAGGUAGAAGAGGCACAGAAGUAUCUCACUCAGUGUGCUAAGAUGAAUGGAAAGUACAGUUACACUCAUAAACUGGACACUGAGUCCUUAAAGAAAAUCACCAUUACUGAGGUCUCCAACAAGAAUCAUUCCUACCUUGAUUUAGUGAGGACACCUAAACUGAGGAAGAUUGUGCUUUUCUCAGGGAUUUUCUGGUUUGCAGUUGCUUUUACCUACUAUGGCAUCAGCUUCAACAUCACUGGGUUUGGUCUGAACAUCUAUCUCACACAGUUUGUCUAUGGAGUCAUUGAAGUCCCAGCUAAGGUUGGGACCUACUUCACUCUGGACCGGAUUGGACGGAGAAACGGCCAGGCGUGGUCUCUCAUUAUAGCAGGAGCUCUGAUUGGACUAAACAGUAUAAUCCCAACAGAGUUUGCUGCUGUGCGUACAGGAAUUGCAGUUAUUGGGAAGGGAUUCUCAGAGGCAGCCUUUACCAUUGCCUUCUUGUACACAUCUGAGCUCUACCCUACUGUACUCCGGCAAUGUGGCUUGGGCUACACCUCUUUUAUAGCCCGUAUCGGAGGUUCACUGGCCCCCAUGGUCAUAUUAUUGGAGGACACAUGGCGCUUUGCACCGCCUGUAGUGUUUGCUGCCACUGCAGUUUUCAGUGGAGGUGUGGUCUUCCUUCUGCCCGAGACCACCAAUGUUCAGCUUCCAGAGAACGUUCUGGAUGUAGAGGAGGGGAGGCACACGGUGUCCACAGAAUCAGAGAGGGCUGUUGAACUCUCUGAGAUUAAUUCAGCACCUGCGGCUUUACAAGAGAAGGACUCAUAAAGGCGAAUGUUGUCAGAAGAACAAUGACUCCUUACAGUUCAACAUCCUUAUGGACAGAUGUGAAUAAAUAACAUCAACUACAAGACAUUUGUGGCACACAAGGGAUAAAAAAUGUCUUUGAGCUUUCACAAGACUAAAAAACUAAAAAACUAUUAAAAUAAGGUGUUUUUUUGUAUUUUAUCUUCUGUAGCUUGAAAAGAAAUAAAACGUAAUGGUGCUAAUGUUUGCAUGAUUCUUGUGUUCUUGUUCAUGUGCAUUUAUUCUUAUGAGAAAUAUUAAAAAUGUUUGUUAAUUUUGUAUCAUGGAAUGCAGUACAUAUGCAAUACACCCCUUUCAUAGACUGAAAUUUAGAAUUGAGAGAGUUUUGACCUUAGAAUUCAACACAUUGCAAAUGCUAAUAUGGUGAUGUUUUUGAAUGAUACAGGGUGCUUAGACUUAACACCAUUUCUUAACAGUAUUUGUAUUUUAAUAAUAACUUGCCUAUAAAUCUUUUUUUUUUUUUAGAGUCUCAAAUAAAUUAUUACCACUGUUAUAAACACUAUAUUGCCAAAAGUUUUGGGACGCCUGCCUUUACGUGCACAUGAACUUUAAUGACAUCCUAUUCUUAAUCCGUAGGGUUUA